GACAGAAGAUUUUUGUGAUUCUCAUGGUUUUUCAUUUUUGAAACCAUUGUUCAGAAAGUGAAAGUAAAGAUUGCUGGAGCUCAAACAGUGAAAAUGGCUUCACUAAAUGUAUCUGCAGAAGAACUUUCUUGUCCUGUGUGUCAUGAAAUCUUUAAGGCUCCUGUUCUUUUAUCAUGUAGUCACAGUGUCUGUAAAGAGUGUCUUCAACAGUUCUGGAGAACCAAGGGAACUCAGGAGUGUCCUGUCUGCAGGAGAUUGUCAAGUCAUGAUCCUCCAGUUAAUCUUGUGUUAAAAAACUUGUGUGAGGCGCUCCAGAAGGAGAGAAAAGAGAGCCGUUCAUCAGAGUCUGAGGAUCUCUGCAGUUUACACAGUGAGAAACUCAAGCUCUUCUGUCUGGAGGACAAACAGCUGGUGUGUUUAGUUUGCAGAGAUUCACAACAACAUGAAAAUCACAAAUUCAGACCCAUUGGUGAAGCGGCUCAUCCUUAUAAGGAAGAGCUCAAUACAGCACUAAAGUAUUUACAAGAGAAACUUAAACACAAUGAAAAUAUUAAAGAAGAGUUCGAGAAAACUGUUCAACACAUGAAGUCUCAAGCUGAUCAAACAGAGCAUCAGAUUAAACAGCAGUUUGAGAAGCUUCAUCAGUUUCUCAGAGAUGAAGAAGAAGCUACAAUCACUGCACUGAGGGAGGAAGAGGAGCAGAAGAAGCAGAUGAUGAAGGAGAAGCUGGAGGAGAUCAACACACACAUCUCAGCUCUUUCACACACACUCAAAGACACGGAGGAGAUGAUGAAAGCCAGUGACGUCUGCUUUCUGAAGGAGUUUCCAGUCUCAAUAGAAAGAGUCCAGAUCUCACAGCCGGAUCCACAGACUCCUUCUGGAGCUUUGAUUCAUGUGCCACGUUACUUGGGCAACCUGCCCUUCAGAGUCUGGAAGAAGAUGCAGGACAUCGUCCAGAACACUCCUGUGAUUCUGGAUCCAAACACUGCAAAUCCAUUUCUCCUCCUGUCUGAAGAUCUGACCAGUGUGAGAGAGAGUGAGAACAAACAACUUCUUCCUGAUAAUCCAGAGAGAUUUGACUGGUACCCCUGUGUUCUGGGUUCAGAGGGUUUUAACUCAGGAACACACUGCUGGGAUGUGGAGGUUAAAGAGAGUCGAUGCUGGAGUCUUGGAGUAACUACAGCAUCAAACCAGAGGAAGGGACGGGAUUUCUAUAAGACUAAUGUGUGGAGUGUGCAAUAUGACCCAUAUGGGUUAACUGAUUGUUAUUUUAAUGAUUUUUCAGUUGAACAGGAUCUUGAUCGUGUGAGAGUUGAUCUGGACUAUGACAGAGGAACAGUGUCAUUCUCUGAUCCUGUAACUAACACACAUCUACACACAUUCACAACCACCUUCACUGACACAAUCUUCCCAUUUUUCUGGUGUGACUUGUUUUCCUCUCUGAGGAUCUUACCAUUCAAUAUUAAGUCAUCGUUACACCUGUAAGUCUGGAUCUUCCUGUGUUCAUUAAAUUUUAAUAUCACGUGAGUAAAGGCCCGUUCACACCAAGAACGAUAACUAUACAGAUAACUAUAAAGAUAACGUCCAUAUAUUUGCAUCCACACCAGCGAAAUAUAUAUUGUCUGUUUAUU